UCCCUUGGACUUUCUCACUCGCGGGGCUCAGAGUCUGCAAUCCCACUGGCUUCGUUGUCUCCAGAACAACCCUUGAAAAAUCACCUUUUUUAAUUCUGGAGAAAAGAUCUUGCUUGGUUUUUGCAACCACCCCAACCGACAUGGAAAGAGCAGCAGAACUGAAGUACAUGUCAGGAUUUGGUAAUGAGCAUAGCUCUGAAGACCCACGCUGCCCUGGAGCCUUGCCAGAAGGACAGAAUAACCCCCAAGUUUGCCCAUAUAAUCUGUAUGCUGAACAGAUCUCAGGCUCGGCAUUCACCUGCCCACGAUCCACAAACAGGAGAAGCUGGCUGUAUAGAAUUCUGCCUUCUGUUUGCCACAAGCCCUUUCAACCCAUGGAUCAGGAUUAUCUGACACAUAACUGGGAUGAAGCUGAGCCUGAGCCCAAUCAGUUGAGAUGGAAACCUUUUGAGAUCCCUGCAACUUCUCAGAGAAAAGUGGACUUUGUAACUGGAUUGCACACUGUGUGUGGCGCUGGUGAUGCCAGGUCUCGGAAUGGGCUUGCAAUCCACGUCUUCACCUGUAACACCUCCAUGACCAACAGAUGCUUUUACAAUUCUGAUGGAGACUUCCUGAUUGUACCACAGCAAGGGGAACUGCUCAUCACUACAGAGUUUGGCAGGUUGUUGGUAGAGCCCAAUGAAAUCUGUGUCAUUCAGCAAGGGAUGCGUUUUAGUGUGGAAGUAUUUGGGGAAACCCGGGGCUAUGUCUUGGAGGUAUACGGUGUACAUUUUGAGCUGCCUGAUUUGGGACCUAUUGGAGCCAAUGGGUUGGCUAAUCCACGCGAUUUCCUUGUGCCAGUGGCCUGGUAUGAAGAUCGCCAAGUAGCUGAGGGUUAUACCGUUGUCAACAAGUACCAGGGGAAACUCUUUGCAGGACAGCAGAACUGCUCUCCAUUCAACGUUGUGGCUUGGCAUGGAAACUACACACCAUACAAGUACAACCUCAGCAAUUUUAUGGUUAUAAACUCUGUGGCUUUUGACCAUGCGGAUCCUUCUAUCUUCACUGUCUUGACUGCAAAGUCAACCCGUCCUGGAGUGGCAGUUGCUGAUUUUGUUAUAUUCCCACCCCGCUGGGGAGUGGCCACCAACACUUUCCGUCCACCUUAUUACCACAGAAACUGCAUGAGCGAGUUUAUGGGCCUAAUUAAAGGAACAUAUGAGGCAAAGGAACAAGGAUUUCUACCUGGAGGAGCCACUCUACACAGUAUGAUGACACCCCAUGGGCCAGACGCUGAAUGUUUUGAGAAAGCAAGCACAAGCAAGCUGAAGCCCGAGAGAGUUGCAGAAGGAACUAUGGCCUUCAUGUUUGAGACAUCUUUUAGUUUGGCUGUCACCAAGUGGGCUCUGAAAGCCAGCCUAGACAAGAACUACUACAAAUGCUGGGAAUCCCUGAAGAGCCAUUUUAAUGCCAAACACAAGUGAAGAGUUUAGAUAUGCAUAUGCUCAGACGUUUCUUGCCAGAAUAACUAAAGCAUGUCAAGGGAACUGUGCCUUGAUCAAUCUUACAUGCAGAUACUCAUGAGCAGCUGAAAGGAUUAGUGAUUAGUAAUUGUUACACAAUAAACAAAACUAAUGGUCUUAA